UUUGUAAAUCAGCUGUGCCGUCUCGCUCUAAGCAUUCAUCAUGUCCAAAAUAUUUACACCUACAAAUCAAAUACGCCUUACAAAUGUGGCCAUCGUAAGACUUAAGAAGGCUGGCAAGCGUUUUGAGAUUGCCUGCUACAAAAACAAAGUGUUGUCCUGGCGUAAUAACAGCGAAAAGGACAUUGAUGAAGUUCUGCAAACACACACAAUAUUCACAAAUGUGUCCAAGGGUCAAGCAGCCAAGAAGGAUGAACUGCAGAAGGCAUUCGGUGCCAAGGACGAAACAGAGAUUUGCAAGGAAAUAUUGAGUAAAGGUGAACUGCAGGUGUCGGAGAAGGAGCGACAAAGUGUGUUGGACUCUCAGCUCAAUAGUAUAGUGAACAGUGUGGCGGCACUUUGUGUAAAUCCCGAGACACGUCGUCCAUAUUCAUCAUCGAUCAUUGAGAAAUCCCUCAAGGAUGCACACUUCUCCGUUAAGAUGAACAAAAACAUCAAGCAGAACACACUGGAGGCCAUCAAAAUGCUCCGCGAGCACAUGCCUAUUGAGCGUUCUCGCAUGAAGUUGCGCGUGACCUUUGCCGGCAAGGAAGGCGGUGGCAAGUUGAAGGAAUCUGUGGUCAAGCUGGCCAAUUCCGUGGAGCACGAGGAAUGGGAAGACGCCACCUUGCAUUUGACGCUGCUCAUUGAUCCAGGACAAUAUCGCGUCAUAGACGAGCUGGUGCGCAACGAGACCAAGGGAAAGGGUCUCCUGGAGCUGCUGGAACUCAAGGAAGUUGUGGAGAGCGACGAGUUGUUUUAGAUGUGAUUACAUUUUUAUAUAAAUCAUAAUUGGAUAUUAAUGUGAACAUAAAGAUUUAAAGAAUAAAUGGUCGAUCCUGGUGGAGGUUGCUUCAUUUGCGCUUCUUCAGGUUCUCAAAACGACGC